AUGUAUAAAGUAGCAGGAUCAAACUUAUUCCAUCAGUGGCUACAUGAAGAUUUAAUAUUUGACAAAUUUAAACCAACAUGUAAAAAUGGACAACCUCAUAUAGCUGAAGUGAUAUGUAUUUGUUGGUCUUACAAUUUGUUUCGAGAAGGUGACAGUUUGUAUGUAUCAGGAGCAUUUCAAAGUAAAGACGAUCAAUACAGAGAAAUUCCCAUUCCAGAAAAAUUGAAGAAUACUUGCAUUCUAACCAGUGGAAAUGAUUACAAUUUAAUUUUAGUUGGAACCGGCUCAAGUAUUGUAUUCAUUUAUAAUUUGAAAACACAUGAGUAUAAAAGUAUUAAAUUUAUUGAAGCUAUGAAUGUUGAUGACGUACAGAUAGUAAAAGUUGUAAUGACAAAUAAUAAUUGUAUCUACCUUUCAAAUCAAGGAGAUAUUUAUUGUGGGAUAUUGCCUAUACACUUGAACACUGGGCAUUGCAAUGGAAAAAUUGUAGAUGUUGUAUUGGGAAAUGAACAUGCAAUUCUACUUACAGAUACUGGUCAAAUUUAUACUUGGGGUAAUGGUCGGAGGCUACAAUUAGGACAUGGUGAAUUGAAUAAUUUAGAGUCUCCUACAGAAGUCAAAGCCCUAGCUGGUAUAAAAAUUAUUAAAAUAAGUGCAGGAGGUUGGCACUCUUGUGCUUUGAGUGAAUUUGGAGACUUGUAUGUGUGGGGAUGGAAUGAUAUGGGUCAAUUGGGAGUCAAACAAGGGUCUGAAAAUUUACAAACUUUUGGUUUACCCACCUUGGUUGAUAUUUAUGAUGGUGAUGGUCAAGAAAUACAAAUAAAUGUAAUUGACGUAGCUUGUGGUACCAGACACACUGCAAUUGUAUUAGAAGAUAGAUCGAUAUGGACAAGUGGAAAUAAUAAAUAUGGACAGUUAGGUUUAUGCAUAGAAGAAUAUCAAAAAGUGGUAUAUUUCAAGAAAUCAUAUAAAUAUAAAACAGAGUGUAAGCUAAAAUGUGGUCCAUGGAGUACAAUUAUUGUGGCUAGCUUAUAG